AGAGGAGGAAGAUGGUAAAAUCCUGGAGUGGGUGAUGCCCAUGGUGGCCACAAAGGAAAACAGAGCCAAAACAUUCCACAAAAGCUUCAACACCAAUGGCGAAAUCGCUCCCUUUCACCCACGUCUCCCUCCUCUUCUUCCGCCCUAAACCCACUCUCUCCCUCUUCUUCAAGCCCCCAUCUCUCAGACUCCUCACAAGAUCCUCCUCAUUCCCACAUCUUUUCUCCACUACUUCCACCCCUCACCCUCUCCAAUAUGACAUGAUCAUCUCCCGCCCAGCACAGCCCCCACCCCCUCGACCCCGCCGCCGGCUCACCCCACUCCCCAACUCUAAACCCAAUGACUCGCCCGAUGCAGAAUCGCCCGACUCAGAAGGUUUUGAGAAUUGGGUUGAUCGGAAAUUGUCGGGUUCGGAUGAUUUGCAGAUGGAUAAAGCAAAGAGGAAGUAUUACAAUAAGAGGAGGAAGAGGAUGUACGGGUCGGAUUCGGACGAGGAUGGUGGUGCGGCGCAGGAGAAGUAUGUGGAGCUGAAGCAAGAAGUGGUGGAGCUUCGCACAUUGCACAAGAGAGAAGAGGAGUUGUAUUUUUACGACGCUUUCGCAUAUCCAUGGGAGAAGGAAAAGCAUUAUAAGAUGGUGUAUCAAUUGGAGAAGAAGUAUUUUCCUGAUCAUUGUUUGGAUAAGGCGUUUCUCGAGCCUGGAGAAACGAAUGAGAGUGCCAAUAAUGCGAAGGCGAAGAAGAGAGUGGGGAAGGGUGGGGAGAAGAGAGAGGAGAUUGGCGAUGGAGGGGACGAUAAGGGUCUGGUUUUCUUUGAGGGGGAAAAGGAUGAGAAAGUAUCGGUUUCAGCAAAGGAGAAAGAGCUUUCAGAGAAGAAGGUGGAGGAGUUCUUUAAGUGUUUGAAGAAAGUCCCCAAUAAGGAUGUUGAAGGUGAUCGUGGGGAGCCCUACUUUGUGACUAGGAGUAGUGAGCUGCCUCCGAGAUGGGACGGGCCCAGUGGGACUGUUGUUCUGAUAAACAAACCCAAAGGAUGGACUUCAUUUACGGUUUGUGGAAAGCUCCGCCGCCUUGUCCAAGUGAAAAAGGUAGGGCAUGCUGGAACUCUUGAUCCCAUGGCUACUGGUUUGUUGAUUGUUUGUGUUGGUAAAGCCACUAAGUUGGUAGAAAGUUAUCAAGGCAUGGUUAAGGGUUAUAGUGGUAUUUUUCGUUUAGGGGAGGCUACUUCAACUUGGGAUGCUGAUUCUCCGGUUAUUCAGCAUGAACCAUGGGAGCAUAUCAAAGAUGAGAACAUAAAGAAAACUGCUGCAUCAUUUUGUGGGGAGAUAUGGCAAGUUCCUCCAAUGUUUUCUGCCAUCAAAGUUGGAGGUGAAAAGAUGUAUGAGAAAGCCAGAAGAGGAGAAAGUGUAGAACUUUCACCAAGGCGGAUUUCAAUUUUCAAGUUUGAUAUUGAGCGAAGCUUAGAUGACAGACAAAAUUUGGUUUUCCGGGUGACAUGCUCAAAAGGGACUUAUAUUCGGUCAUUGUGUGCAGAUUUUGGGAAGGCCCUUGGCAGUUGUGCUCAUUUAGCUGCUCUGCGAAGAGACUCAAUUGGGCCAUAUUCAGCAGAUGAUGCCUGGGAAUUUAAAGAGCUGGAAGAAGCUAUCACCAAAGGUUAUUUUUAAUUGCCAAUGCUUCUCCCACCAAAAGAUUAUAACAAUUAUCAGGAGAGCAAGCACCAUUUUGAAGCUAUAGAAUUCACAACCACAAUUUUAUUUAUUUUUCCUCUUUUCCUUUUUGACAGAUUAGAAUUUAUUAGAAUGAAAGGCAUUGUACCUGACUUUCUACACUGUACUCAUUGUUUAAUUAUUCUGUAUAAUCCAUUAAUACUUGCAUCAGUUGCAAGUUUCUUCAAGUAAGCAUGAGUAAUAAGAAAUUCUUUGGCUUC